AUGGGCUCUGGAGACAUCUUGCUUCAGAUUGCCUCUCAGAAGCCAAUCAAACAGGCAAAGCUACCUCCAGAACUCCUCAAAAGACUCAUCUGGUCUGUGACAAAGCAUGAGCCAUCUCUCGCCGAGAGUGAAUGGCGAAAGAAGCUGACUCCAGAGCAAUUCUAUGUCACCAGAGAAAAAGGAACUGAACCGCCUUUCAGUGGGAUCUACCUGAAUAACAAGGAAUCUGGAAUGUAUCAUUGUGUGUGCUGUGACAGCCCACUCUUCAGUUUAUGCAGUAGUAAAGUAGAGACCUUCCGACCCAAUGCCAGCCAUCCCAUCACCGCACAGGUCAGGCCCCAGGAUGUGGGAGCAGGGAGGACCUGGGGGACCAGAGCAGGAAGCUCGAUCCGGCAGGACUCUGCACUGAGGGAGAAGCCCCGUAUCAGCUCCGUCCAGUGGGGUGAGCCGCUAAUCUCCUCUAACACUCAAAUUAUAGGUGGAAACAUUAACCACCACAGGGAGGGGGUGAAAAUACUUCACUCAGGGCUCUACACUCCUUUCGGAUAUCGAUUCCAGAUCAAGGAAUUUACUUGUAAAUCAUUUUACCCUUAUAUGAAAUGUGAAGCUCAUCUCGGCCACGUGUUUCCUGAUGGACCUGGGCCUACUGGUCAGAGGUUUUGCAUCAACAGCCUGGCACUGAAGUUCAAACCAGGGAAACACUGACCUUCUCCGAGGUUCCCUUCCCUUGCCACUCCUUCCUUGACACCCUCAAUUUUCAUAAUUCAUGUAAAUGACUUGUGUUAUUUACUAUGAAACGAAGCUAAGUUUGCUGCUAGCACCCAGUAAGUCACAACUUUUCUAACUCACUUAUCUGUAAUGAACUCAAUCCUGACUCCAGCUCUGACUGUGGAAUUUCACAGAAUGACAGAGGGGCAGCCAUUUCCGUCAAACUGACUCUGUAGGCUGUGCCUGGGACCCAAGGGCAUCACUCUUUGGGGACAUUAGGAGGCUGAUGGACUACCAGCCAGAAAAUUCCUGCAAAAUUACCCUGAAAUUUCCGCUGUGGUUAAGUCCUUAUAGGUGAGAGAUCAAGUGGAAAGAAAAAGGAAAUAUGAGAUUACUCAGCAACCCAGCAUUGAAAGAAGCACCGAGGAACAGCAGUAUGGAAGAGCUGUCUUUUGGAGGUAGGAAUGGUGACGGACGGGAGGCAGUCAGGACUACAGCAGGUCUCUAGAGCCCACAUCCAGUCCUCUCCCCAUUAUUCUAGUCCCUAUAACACAGUCAGAAUCUAGGACUCCUAUUUUUCAAAUAUAAUAAAAAGCACUUCUUUUAAGUGAACAAUUUACUGAAUGUUGAUAACUUUAUGCAAUCAUGUAACCCCUAACACUAUUUUUCUGAUCAGUUUUCUUCAUUUUCCUUCAGGAAACUACCUCUUCUCUUAGAGUGCUAGAUAUGCUUAAUACAUACAUUAGUUCUGUUGGCAAGAACCUUGCCCUUAACCUUGUUAGUUUACAACAACGCCAAAGGCACACUGGGUAACACUGUAGACUCUUCCAGCCACGCCCUGGUAACAUUGGUGGGGCAUUCCCUUCAUGUCUACGGUAUCGCCUUUCCUGUGGAGUCACGUGUAUGUGGCCAAAGGAAUAGCUCUGUGCUUCCUAAAAGGCCUAGAAAACGUGUAACGGGUUCCUCUCUUUCCUUUUGUAUUUGUCAUUUUGGCAAACUAUUGGAAGAUGGCAGUUCCAGCCCAAGGCCUAAUAUAAUAGCCUUUUGACUCAUCCUGUGGUGUUUGAUGAAUCAAGAUAUUUAUGGUGGAUACUGGCUAUGAAUACAAUUUUUAUGCUAUAUUCUGGUUUCCAAACAUUAGUGGGUUUUUAGAUAUAUUCAUAUAUAUUGUGAUCAUGUUACAAAAAUAUAAAUCGCCAUUAACAGCUGGUUAUCAUAU